AUGGCCACCGGCGGGUUCAAAUUGUCGCUCGCCGGCGCAAAAGGCAAAUCCGGGUUCAAAGCUUCCCCCGUGCAGCCCCAAAAGCGAAGACGCCUAGCUCUCGACGACGACGAGCCCGAAAUCACGAACGCGAAGGAAGCAAUCACCGGCUGGGACGCAGCAGAAGGCGGCGCCGUGGACGCAAACAAGAAGGAACAACCGAAAGGUCCCCGUGUCAUUCCCGCAUUGCCAAAUCGCGAUUGGCGCGAGGCGGCGCAGAAACGACAACAUGCGCGCACGAGCGCUCCGCCUACAGAGACCGGCCAUGGCGAUAAUAUGGCGCAGUUGGAGCAGCCGAAGAUGGCUUUUGGAUUGACUACGUUCGACAAGAAGGAUACACCAGACGGAGAAGAACAACCGGAGCCUAUGGAUGUCGAUGGUGAUGUGAAACCAGAAGACAGCCGCACUGAGGAGGAGAAACUCCAGGCCGAAGCCUUCGAAGCCCUCGUGAAUGGCAAAUCGACGGACCAAACCGUAAUCCCUAUUUCCGAAGAAGAGGCUUUCGAAAACGACAUGCUCGAAGCCCCCGAUGCGCCCGACCUCGCUGCAUACGAAGCCACACCCAUCGAGGGUUUUGGCGCAGCUCUCCUCCGUGGCAUGGGCUGGAAAGAUGGCGAGUCGCUGAGCAAAGACAAGAAGCCGGUCGAGAAACCCAAAGAGAUUAAGAGGCGACCCGCGCUUCUUGGAAUCGGUGCGAAGCCGGAAGCUGCGGUGGGCGUCGAAUUGGGCGAGUGGGGUAAGCCGAAGAAGUUCGGAAAGAAGGAUGCGAUAAAGUACAAUCCUGUUACGCUACGAAACAAGCACACGGGCGAGAUGAUCACCGAGGAGGAGCUCAAAGAACGGCUGGCGAAGCAGAAGGAUGCCGAUGCGAAGGCGGCGAAGAACAGCACGUUUGUAGGCGACGAUGAUGAGGAAGCCGAGCGGAGACACGAAAAGCGGAGGGAGAGAAAGGAGAGGGAACGGAGACACGACGACUAUGGCAGCGAACGGAGGACGGACAAGAGCCGCCGGGACGACAAGAGGAAGGAACGCGACGAUGAGUACUCAGACCGUGACCGCGAUCGCCGAAGGGAGAAGAAGUACUCAGAAUAUGAGGACUCGGACCGUGACCGCCGACGAGACAAGAAGUACCGAGAAGAUGACUACGAUGAUCGCAGACGGGAGAAGCGGCGCGAGAAAGACAGCGGCAGAGACCGAAGCCGUAGCCCCUACGAUAGCGACCGACGAGAGAAGCGGCGAGAGCGGGAUCGUAGAGAGAGAAGCGUUGAUAGCAAAGAUCGGAGGGAGAAGCGUCGUGAGAGGGAAAGGAGCCGGAGUAGGGACUCAGAAGACAGGCGGAGGAAGAGGCGUGAAUAUGCGUAUGAUGAGAAAGAUGAUGGGAGGAGUAAGACCAAGGACGAUAAGUACUCUCGGAGGUGA